CACCUCACACACUCGGCAACGGCGAUAUCAAUCCUCGCGCAAUUCUCGUCUCGCCUUCUCGCCGCCCCAUCCGCCAGCCCGUCGCCGCCCGGCCGCCGCAUCCUCCCCACCCACGAUCCAGGCCGCCGUUGCGCUCCCGGAGGAAGCAGAUCGGAGAAGGUGAUCGGCUGCGAUGGCCCGCUUGUACGUCGGGAACCUGGAUCCCCGGGUGACGGCUCGGGAGCUCGAGGACGAGUUCCGCACCUUCGGAGUUCUUCGGAGUGUUUGGGUUGCUCGGAAGCCACCUGGCUUUGCAUUUAUUGACUUUGAUGAUAAGAGAGACGCUGAGGAUGCAAUCCGUGAUCUAGAUGGCAAGAAUGGAUGGAGGGUUGAGAUAUCACGUAAUUCCAGCAGUGGUCGUGGUGGUCGUGAUCGGCAAGGUGGGUCUGAGUCUAAGUGCUACGAGUGUGGUGAGACUGGGCACUUUGCUCGUGAGUGUCGUUUGAGGAUUGGUUCUGGAGGUCUAGGCAGUGGAAGGCGCCGAAGCAGGAGUCGAAGCCGCAGCCGCAGUCCCAGAUACCGCCGGAGUCCAAGUUACGGAAGAAGAAGUACAGUCCUGCAGCACGCUCUCCCAGGCGUCGUAGUGUGUCACCAGCUCCAGCUCGUGGACGCAGCUAUAGCAGGUCACCGCAGUACAACCGUGCACGAGAGGCGUCUCCAUAUGAUAAUGGGUACCGCCGCAGCAGGAGCUAGAGCCAGAUACUUGUCUGAUGAGUGUUCUGUGACAGAUGUUGCUCUUUGGCCUGCCAGUUAUGAUCAGUAACCUACCGGAAAGAUGCUUCGCGGGCUGCUUGACUUUUGGUUAAGGUUCUCAUAACUUUUAUCUAUCUUAUUAUGAUUGUGUCUACUUUACAAUCAGUAGUAAAACAUACUGGUGGGUGUAUUUAUUGAACUAAGACCACCUGUCUUUUCUUGUGUGGUAUAAAGGCAUCGUCCUGCACCGCUUAAACGACUCGGCCGACUACGGCUUUCAGUUAUGUCUUCAUGGUUUUGUUCUGCGCUCUUCAUUCUUCGCACGCCCUCGCACCCUUCAUUCGGUCAAAUGUGAACGCUGCAUGUUAGUCUGCCUACAGCGCCUCUUCGCGGUCCAUUUGCUUCGUUGAAGAUGCUGCGCGUCUCAAAGCAGUAAUGAUCUUCCUUCUCAUACCAUUUGGUAAGGUUUGAUUGUGCUGACAAAUGCAGCAUCUGGUAAGUUUCUCCGUGGGCUGGGUCUCCAUGAACUGCACCUGCUUCAGGAGCUGCAGUAUUUAGAUGGCUGACUCACCCGUGUGGUGUAUAAUGCCUUCAGAAGACCCAGGUAAGUGAGCGCCCAAAAGUGAAUUGACCAGGCUGCUACGUUGACUCGAGUCGACCUUUGGCCUUGCUCCGCAUCCGCUGCUCGCCCCCCCCACAUGUUGCCUUCAACAGAGGAGGACCGAUGCCUUCAGCAAAGGAGCUUCCUCGCCUUUUGCCUCCUCCACCGCAUGGUCCUGAUUGAUAUUCUUCGUAGAUGCCUUCUGAGUGCCUUCCUGAUUGAUGUUCUUCAUAGAGCCUGCGAUGAAGCCAAGCCUUCCUGAUUGAUGUUCUUCAUAGAGCCUGCGAUGAGGCUGAAUCCUCGACCCGUCAUAUGCUGCCAUUUUGUGGUUAUUUAGCAGAUGAUAUGUUCUCUUUAGCUUGUAGUCCUGUUUGAUAGGUUAAAUGUGGGACUGAAGAUGGUAGAAUGCCAGAUGCUAUUGGAUAUACAAUGGUAGAUGCAUGAUGGUAACCAUCAGGUUGAUGGUUAGAUAUCUACUCCUACUCCAUGUUUCUGAUC